CGUCCUCAUCCUCCUCAUCCUCGUCCUCAUCCUCGUCCUCAUCUCCCCGCUUCGCUUUCUUCUUCCUGCCUUUCUUGUUGUUGGCGAAUUUGUGAUGGAGAACAGGCUUGGCACAGAUUCACGUCACCGGAUUGCACACCUCCUCGAUGUCAUGGACAUUGUCGAGGUCCGUCACGGACAGGCCGUCAUUCAGUCGGUAGAAAAACAUGAAGGACACGCCCAGCGGACAAGACUCGCACAGGCCUUUGACGCAGAGGUUCUGCCGAAUCCACGUCUUGGUCGUCCCGUUGCGUGUCGAACGGUCGUAUGUCUCUCUCGCGUCCGGACCCUUCAGAGUCCUAAAUACGCAAACGUACCCAAACGAAGACAGACAAGACAAGACAAGACAGACAUGAAAACUAUAAAGGGGCGACGCGAGAGGCAACGCUAGCGAAGAUGGCGCUACAUUUAGUCUCUUACUUGCUCAUAUUCCUGGAGACACGCUCGGCGUUGUUAUCGAAAUCACCCGUCAGGUGCCCCGUGAUCUUAAGCACGUUUCUGUCAACCCAUGCUGGUGGCUUGAUCAU